CAUUAUAAACUAUAUAUUGAAUUCAAUCAGCCCCAGGCAUUGGCUUGGUGGCAUGCAAUCUUGAAGACUUGUGUAUCAAGAUUGAUUUAUAAUAUUUAUUUAUAUAUUGUUCUUACUUAAAAAGAUUUGAACAAGAAAUAAUUAUCUUUCUUCUUACACAAGUAAUUAUAGGUUUUAUAUGCUUACCUAUUAUAUAUUAUAUUUAUAUAUUUGUGUAUGGCGUAUUUCCGGUCGGAAUUGAAAGCUGAUGAAGAUCACGGUUUAACGGCCAUCGCGAUCGAUGCUGAUAAGAAUAGCCAAGCUGCAGUUAAAUGGGCAGUUGAUAAUCUUGUUAAUAACAAGCACCCACAAUGUAUUCUUGUUCAUGUUCAAUGCAAAUCUUUGGCUUUUGGGGAUAAUGCAGGAAAUGUACCUAAAGAAGGACGACCACCAACUCAACAAGAAUUGCAGCAAUUUUUCUUGCCAUAUAGAGGAUUUUGUGCAAGAAGAGGGAUUGAAACAAAGGAAGUGGUUAUUCAUGACAUUGAUGUUCCGAGUGCACUUAAUGAUUAUAUUGUUAACAACAAUGUUUCCAAUAUUGUUCUUGGUGCAUCACACAGAAAUGCCAUUAUGAGGAAAUUUAAGCAUCCGGAUACUCCUACAACAGUGCUAAAAACUGCACCAGAAUGCUCUGCAGUAUAUGUGAUUGCUAAAGGAAAAGUUCAAACUUUUCGUUUAGCAACUCGACCUCACACGCCGACUACGAAUUCGAACGGUUCUACGCAUUCUUCCCUACGACAACACUCACCCCCUACCACCAUUUCUCAUGCAUCUUCUCUCAAACAACAACAUUAUGAUCAAUCAAACCUGAAUAGUCCACGAAGUCCGCCAUCCGACUCCCAAGUGAGUUACAAUGAGAGUUGGAAAAGUGAAGGUUCUGAUAAAAUGUCUCCUGAUGCGAGCACUGAAUCUAUUCUGUUAAAGUUUCAUGAAAAGUAUGGAUUCAGCUUGAAAAGUAAACAUACACCGAAACCAUCAACGGACGGUCUCUCGUUAGAUAUGUUGCGUAGAGAUUCGCUAUCAGACGGCAGUGAUUACUCAUCGGGGCCGUUAAGUCUAUUAUCAGCUGAUGUGUCAUAUGAAAAUGUAGAUUCCCCUAAUUAUAGAAGUCAAUCCAAGAAUUCGAAUUCGUCACAGCUUGCCAAUUUGUUAGACUCCGAAAUGAGGAGAUUGAAACUCGAACUUCAGCAAUCGAUGGAAUUGUUUACCUCAGUUACUAAAGAAGCUGUUUUGGCCAAGCAAAUGGUAAGGGAGCUUCACCGGUUACAAACACUAGAAACGCGUAAAUCAUCGGACGAAAUGGACUUAGUUGAAGGGGCAACACUAACAUUGGCAGAAAUGGAGAAACAGAAGAAAAAAGUUGCAUUCGAAGCGCUACAAGCAGCGAAAAAAUUAGCGGAUUUAGAAGCGCAAAAGAGGAAAACGGAAAUGAGGGCUCAAUUUGAAGCAGAAGAUAAAAUGAAAAAUGAGGAAAUGGACAAUAAUUUUAGAUGUAGAAGAUACUCUAUUGAUGAGAUUGAAAUUGCAACAGAUCACUUUUCACCAGCUCAUAAGAUUGGUGAAGGUGGAUAUGGACCUGUUUUUAAAGGCAUGCUUAAUCAUAUUGCUGUUGCCAUUAAAAUCUUGAGGCCGGAUUUGUCGCAAGGGCAGAAGCAGUUCCGACAAGAGGUUGAUGUUCUAAGCAGCAUGAGACAUCCACACAUGGUGAUCCUGCUCGGAGCAUGUCCAGAAUACGGAUGCCUCGUGUACGAGUACAUGGAAAACGGAAGCUUGGAGGACCGCCUUUUCAGGAAAGAUCACACUCCUCCAAUUCCAUGGAGAACCAGGUUCAAGAUUGCCUACGAAAUCGCCACAGCUCUUGUUUUCCUCCACGAAACCAAACCGGAACCUCUAGUUCAUCGCGAUUUAAAACCUGCAAAUAUUCUGCUAGACCGUAACUACACAAGCAAAGUCAGCGACGUGGGUUUAGCCAGGCUUGUUCCACAGACCGAAGUCAGUCAAUAUCACAUGACAGCAGCCGCAGGGACGUUCUGUUAUAUCGAUCCUGAGUAUCAGCAAACCGGACUAUUAGGCGUUAAGUCGGAUCUAUACUCAUUCGGAGUGGUUCUGUUACAACUUCUAACAGCAAGACCAGCCAUGGGACUAUCAUACCAAGUCGAGGAUUCAAUCGAAAAAGGAACAUUCUCAAAAAUUCUUGAUCCUGCAUUGGAAGAUUGGCCUGUCGAAGAUUGUUUAUCGCUUGCCAAGAUGUCGAUUAACUGCUGCGAGCUACGGAAAAAGGACAGACCGGAUCUUGGUACGGUUGUAUUACCGGAGCUGUUUCGGUUAUCAAAUCUCGGAAUGGACGUGGCUACUGAACGUAUACAACAUGAAACAACUAUACCAUUGACUACUCCGAGUGAUUUAGAUUCUGAAGCACAAAGUCAUUCUGAUGAGGUUAGUUACUAUUUUAGAAAAAUGAAUGUGCACCUGUAGCUAGCCUCUCAAAAACUAUAGAUUAUAUAACAAUACAAAAAUUACAAAAAAAAUCCACAAUUUGUUGUUAGUGGAUAUUAAUUUCUUGUUUUGACAAUUUUUUUCUUUUUCAUGUAAAGAGAUUAAUUUCUUGGAUAUUCUUAACAAAGAAUUUUUUUAAAAAAGAAAAGUGCAAUGUUUUUGUUA